AUGUUUCGACGCCAGGGCAGGUCUUUCGUCCUCGUUUUGGCGUUGCUAGCAAUAUUAGUGACUUUGCACUUAUUUUUUUGGGAUGAUAAACUAGACAUUAGAAGCAAGGUUUUCAAGCAGAAGAAUUCUGGACAAGUUCCAACAAAUAAAGCCGAAGUCCCCCCAAAGCCAGGUCUGAAAUCACAUCCAAAGGAUCCAAAGGUUCCAAAGUCUUCGAAGUCUUCUGACGAUCACAAGACAGUUCAACGAGGCGACGUCAUCUCCAAAUAUGUUGGAAAAAGCAAGUUGAUAGUGUUUCCUAAAGCAUUCGAAGAGUCAGAUCUGAAGAAGCUAUACAAACUCUAUACAUCACAGUUCAAAGAACUGCCUCCGCGACGGAGCAAGAUAAUUAGAUUUCUGGAUCCCUCGCAAAAGACUGAUCCUCUCAGUAACUCCAUAAAGAAUUUGAAGUAUCACAAGCAUCCCGUCCAGCUGUUUAAUGCGUUUACUGAUAUAGAAGGAAAUAUGGAAAAAUGUGGAUUGCUCGAAGAUAAGUACGAAAUUGAAGUGCUGAAAAGCUUAAUGAAAAGCAAGUCUUUGAAAAAGAUUGUACAGAAGUGGGUCAAUGAAAACUCCACAUACUUCCAGGAAAUAAAUGAGUUCUUCCACACUCCUCUCCAGCAGCAACUCAAAGAAGGUAGUGUUGAUCUGCAUUGGUUUAGAUUGGCGGGAUCAUCAGUAUGGUUAGAACAAUAUGGAAUCCAUUUCAUGGUCUCAAGAAUUAUAUAUGCCGAAAACAAAGAUAGGGGAACGCCAAACUUAUCUAUGAUCUACGCUCAAGCUUAUGAUGAAAACUGGAAAGAAGUAGAAAACUUAGAGUUGGUGGUUCCUACAAAUAACCCAAACCUAUACCUUGAAUCCAAUGAUCCCCCUCAAUUUAGAUUGCAAUUGCCUCAAAUCUUACCUAUACCAAUUCACCUUGAUAAAGAACGUCAAUGGCCCGGAUUUUAUGGUGCUGAAGAUCCUCGAAUUAUCGCUGUGAAAAACGCAAGAGGUUUCGAGGAACCUUUGGUUUUCUACAACUCCUACCAUGGAAAAGUUGUGAACAUUGAGGAAAUCGAUGAAGGUAAGUCAACUGCACACCUACUAUUCUCCAGAAAUAUGUUCAUGGCUUGGCCAUUCCAGACUCAAAGAGGGAAAUACAACGUUCAAGACUUGCCCUCGAAAUACCACAACAACAUAUUCACAAGAGUGUUGGAAAUAAAAGAAGCAAAUAAAGAAAGAGAAGGAAAACAAAAGAACUGGACCCCAUUCAUUAGCAGCCAGGAUAGGAAGAGUUUCGGAUAUGACAAGUACAUCUAUAUGAGUAUUAGGAUUGAACAUUUGCAAAUUUUGCGGUGUCCAGUAGUAGGUGGGAGCGACCAAUUCGUGACUGAAUGUGAGGAGGUUUAUCUAUUAAACCCAGAGAAGUCCAACAACGACGGAAUCGGCCCAUUGAGGGGUGGAUCACAAUUUGUAAACAUUAACAACAUGCUUGAGUCAUAUUCCGAGCUUCCAGAAGCUAGGAAGCUUAUAGAUAGCAUUCCAAAAGGAAGGGAACUUUGGUUUUCUUUCGCCAGAGCAAAUCUAGAAUAUUGCGGCUGUGGUGUAAAGAUGUAUAGACCUAAUUUGGUUGUGGUGGUUAAGGAUGGCGAUCAGUACAAGAUUAGUUAUGUCAGUUCCUUCGUUGAUUUAGCGGUCGAGCAGCUUGGCUGGAUUUUGAAGGAGUCUGAUAACUAUUGUCCAGAGAAUGAUGGUUCAGUUAUGAUUCCUAAUGGUAUUGCGUCUUGGACCCUUCGAGAAAAUGGUGAAAAGACAAACAUUGAUGACUACAUGACGUUGAGUUAUUCACUUGCAGAUGCUACAGUUGAAAUUAUUCACAUCAGAGGGGUUCUUAAAGCACUUCUUGGUCUUGACUCCAAAAAUCAAAACUACAAGCUCUUCGAGAAGUCAAGUGCGCUCGAUGCUAAGACUGUGGGUUACAACAAUGACAAUAUAGAUUGUGCUUUAGAGAAUUCUAAGCAGUACUGUCAGGCAUUUGGAGAAAAGGAAAAGAAGAAGAUGGAGCUGAGAGUGAAGCCUCAAGAUAAAGAAGAAAACAAACAAAGACAAGAUGGAAAGGAAUCCGAAACACAGGAACCGAAAGAGUGA